GAGCGGCAAAUUCAUACUGCCCGCGCGACUCGACGCAGUUCUGCAUCAAUAUAAAACGCUUUAUCAACAACCGUUCAAACGACUGUUGAGAGUCAGUGAAAGAACCAUGAAGGCCAAAGUGAGUUUAAUUCUAGUUUUUGUUUCCAUAUGCACCUUGGUUACUUCUUUCCCAGCAGAAUAUGRCAAUGAGGAAAACAAACAGCUGGAAGAGGAAGAACUUGACAGAGAUAUAGAACAAAGAGAUGAGAAUGAAGAUAAUACAAUGAUGGAUAAAGACCUUAUAACAAAGAGAAAGUUCUUUUGCAACUGGCAAUGUACUAAAAAGACAGUCAGAACAUGCAGUCCUGGACGCUGCCGCAAAUGCACCGGAUUUUUUAUUAGCCMAAAAAAAUGCGAAACAAUAACUUGCAUGAGGUGCCGUAACGUAGUUGUGRAGGACUGCCCUUGUAACCCCACGUCCGGUUGACUGAAUUCAUUGGGAGGAACCUUUGGAUAAGACUUCCAUGUUGGUCUGCAUAUUAAAUUUAUUAAAGCCUUGAGUUUCAUUAAUGUAUAAGAUAAUCUAGAUUGCAAUUUAAUCAAAUAUGGUAAAUAAAGCUCACUUAAUUCUCAA